UAUCAAUAUGAUGCUCAAGAAAGUAACCCUUCGCUCGACGGUGCUCUCCUGGGUCAUCUUCGUGUUCUGCUUCAUGGAGCGCAAGCUGCAGAUGAGCGGCACGGCCGUGCCGAUCGCCAUAGUGGGCGUCCUGAUAACCGUGAUGGUGCUCCAUCUGCUGGUGCAGCAUCACGGCCUGCUGCCCGAGCUCAGCUGGCGCCUUAUGUGGCCGCUGAUCUCGUUCAAGGUGGUCCUGUGGAUUCUGGUGCAGCUGCUGGGCACGGUCGCCCUCUCGGUGCUCUGGACCCAUCUGCUGGACGAUACCUGCGAUGGGAGCUUCUGCGAUAUAUUUGUGAGCCGCCUGAUGCUCGGCUGGACACUGGCUGGCUAUGUGAUCUAUGUGCGGUUAUGCCAAUUGGCGGCUGCGAUUGUGGCGGCUCGCAACGAAAUCGAAUUCUUGACCUUCUGGUUUCAGUUCCUAAAGAUUUAA